GCCGAGUUGGCUAACCUUAGCCAACUGUAUCUGGAUAUUACUAGUCUAGCCCAACAAGAUGAUUGCAGGCCAAUGCGGUUGUUUACAACGCCGUCAUUAUGAUCGUAUACGCAAUUAAUCAAUGUUAGGACUAUAGCUAGCUAAUUUGUUAACCAGCAGCUAACAUCUUUUAAUAACGGGGUGCAGCGAACAUCAGUUUAGCUGCUAUUAUAAGAUAGUCUAUUUCACAAACUAGCGUGCUAAGCAGGCCGGGCGAGUUCGCUUCUUGCACUGUUUAUGGUUGAAUUAACAAGUCAGCCAAUAUGAAAUUAUUGCAGAUUGCGUGCAUUAUGAAUGGCCCGCUAAUUAGCUAAUUCCCUAGUACUUAAUCUGUCACAUACUUUAGUAUUAUUAUAUGCUCUGGUUUCUAGAUUGCUAACGUUUCCUGGGUUAGGAUGAUGCAGUAUUAUCUGGCAGCGUUAGUAAUAAGUUGGCUAGCUAGCUAAAGAGGUACUUAUCUGUUUACGUUAGUUAGCGUUUCAAUGUAGCUGUCAAAGUUUUCAUUCACCUAUCAAGACAUGAUAUGUCAAAUUGCCGAAACACGUAAUAUCUUCAAUAUACUUGACAGGCAAUGUUACACCUGUGUAUACACAGUUAGACUAUAGCGUUAGCCAACUCGUGCUGAAGUUAGCUUUUUGGCUCGCGUGCUACUAGAUUGUAAAUGUGCAGAAGUGCUUUCCUUGCAUAAUAUAACAGGGUUAGAACAGGCGUGUCGGAUUUAUAAUCAAGCAGCUAUUUCGGGUAGGUACAAAGCUAACGUUUAGCAAAACAACGUUAUUCCUCCAGAUUUCGAAGGAACGAAAUGGCGGUUGUGGAAUUCUGAGGUGUAUGCUAGCAAACCUGUUAAAAGGCUGCGGGAAGUGGAUGAGGUGAUUCACUCGUGUAACGCUGUACUGGCAGAUUAGAAAUUUUAAUGUCCCUGUUAAAGUCCAGUCUUAUCACAAACCUUAAAAACGGAUGCGGAGGCUCAUAUGGAAACAGUUACACAAAUCUGUAAUGUGUACGGGAAUUUCAUUGCGUAAUGCAUUUAUCCCUACAGUAUUUUCCUAGGUACUGCUGGACUAUUUGACAAAAGCAAUUAAUCAUAAGCUCCCUCCUUAAGGUAGCAGCAGUUCGGAAUCUUACCUACAACCUUCGGUUACAAGCCCUCUACCUUAACCAUUAUGCAACAUUGCUGCCCUUAGGAUUGAAAUUCCACAGAGCGUGACAAACGCAGGCCAUCCAAACGGAGGAGUACCUCAUUCUCUGGAGGCCCAGGGGCCUGGAGAGGUCACCGGUGGAAUGGAGAAUCAGGCGGAGACUCGUAUUGACCCCGCCCCAUCUGAAAAUUCACCGCCAGGAGAACCAGUCAGAGUCUGUGAGACUACAGAUUCUGUCAAAGGCCUGGCCAGCAAGGAGGAAAGCGAGACAACGCGCAAGAAAAAUAAGAAGCACAAACGGCAUAAAAGCAAAAAGAAAAAGAAGAAACGCAAGGAAGAGAAAGGGAGCAGCUCGGAAUCAGGGCUGGAGUCAGACGGAGAAGCACGAAACCAACCAAGUGUGAAGACUGAAGUUGAUGUCAGUAUGGAGGGAAGAGAUGUUGACCAUGCAGGGGCUGUGGAGAAAGCUUCAAGAUCCCUGUUGAUAGGGGAUAAUGGUGAGGGAAGGACAAAAAAAGAGAAGCGGCGUACGCCCAAGAAGAAGAAGAAGAAGAGCAGGAAGAGAGAUGAGAAGAUGGCUGGAAAAUCGCCCCCCUGUUCUCCAUCUGGCAGCACCUCAGUUUCCGGGACAGAGUCAGAGAUGGACUGCUCCGUCAAGUCAAGACUGCUCCCCACAAUGUCACCCGUGGUCACUUCAGACACGCUGAAAGAGUGCUCAUCAUCUGUUGCCUGCCCAAAUACACAAGGGGUGAUUGCAUCAUCAGCAGACACGGUGUCUGGGGAAGACUCUUCUGAGAGGAAAGACUUUUCAACUAUGGAAGGCAUAGCCGCAGAGCAUGAGGGCAAUCAGGAUUGCAAACCGCAGGAGUUACCUGACAUAAUCCCCAAGCUUGAGAGCACACACAGGGAAGACGCAACAAAGGGAGACUUGGACACAUCAGGAGAAAUAAACAGGCAGCAGGACAGAAGAGUGGAAGAGAAUUGUGGACACAGGUCCAGGUCACGAUCAACGUCACGAUCACCCUCAAAAUCAAAGGGAGCAACAUCAUGCAAAGUCCAGGUGAAGAAGAGCCAUAGUCAGUCCUGCAGUCCAAAGCGACUUCCUGAUAAACCUGGUUCUCAAAAAGCCCAUACAGCAUCCAAAAGGAGAUCAAGGUCAGCCUCGAAAAGGAAAAGCAGCCCAAAGAGAAAGCGUUCCAGGUCUGACUCGCGGAGGCGGAAGUCCAGAUCUCGGUCUGUUAGGAGGUCGAGGCGCAAGUCCAGGUCUCUUUCAGCUAAGAGGAGACCGCGCUCAAAGUCCAGGUCAAAAUCCCUCUCGAGACGCAAUCAUUCACGGUCCAGAUCAUGGAGGUCUAGGUCUCACCGCCGCAAUCGGCGUUCUUUGUCUCAGUCUGCUAGGAGAAACAGGCGGUCAAGAUCCCAGUCCCAGUCACGCCGCAGGAGGUCACAGUCCAGGUCAGUUAGACGAACCAGGCGGGCUCGAUCAAGGUCGAUUGUGAUCUUGAGGAGGAGGUCAAGGUCUCAGAGAAACAGACGAUCAACUUCAGUACGAAGGCGUAGAUCCAGAACAAGGUCCCCGAAAAGAAGGCAGUCUAAAUCACAGUCCCCACGACAAUCCAGGCGUUCGAAGUCUAGCUCAAAAUCAAGGUCUCAUAAGAGGAACGGGUCAAAAUCAAGAUCCCUUCAGCAGAGAAAGCAUUCCAAGUCCAGAUCCCCAGGAAGAUGUCAUCGUUCAAAGUCAAAAUCUCCCAAAUGUGGCAGGACAAAGUCUAAAACUCCUAAGAGAGAGAAUUCCAAAUCAAGGUCUCCAGCAAGAAAAGAAUCAAAAUCGAGAUCCAUCUCAAGAGAUGGACAAUCGUCUGAAAGGUGUACCUCCCCAAACAGAGUAGAAGUCUGCUCCAAACCUGUGGACCUGACCUCACCUGAAAUGGAGAAGAGAGUUGUCUCAGAGAAGACCGAUGAGGAGGAAGUAACUUCUAAAGAAAUCUGUUCUCAGUCUGUUAAUAUGGAAGGACACUCAUUGAAGGCAGAAGCCCCCUUUGACUUCAGCAGUCAUGAAACGGGAGAGUUCUCAGCUCUGGAACAAAGUGCUGACCAUUCAGAGAAGCAUGUGCUUCCCAUGGGGUCCUGGAAACCAGUGCCACCCUUAGUAGAUAGCAAGAUGAAACCUUCUAUACAGGAAGUUGUCACCAGUGCCACUAUUAAAGGACAGGGCGAUGUCAUGACAAAUCUACAUGAAAAUAAAUCUCCACCAAAUGGUGAAGAUGAAAAGUCCUUUUCUGCUAAGAUGCCUUUGAUCAACCCAGAAGUUUCAGAGCCCAUCGCCUUCUACACUGCCUCUCAUGACACUCAGCCAAAACAAAGCUCUGAGGUUGUGUCUGAAGAUGGAAACAAAGACACUGAGUGCAGACCCAGGUUUGUUUCGCCACAGAAUGACAGGUUGUGUGAACCCAGCCCAUCCUUAGACAGAUCAGCACCUGAAGAAUCAGACGACAAUGCCGUUAUGGAGAAGAAGACUGAAGUGGAUAUGGUAACUCCACAUGACUGUGGAAGCUCAAGGUCAAGAUCUCCUGUCAAGGAUGAUGGUGAAUGUUCAAAAUCAUACUCGCCACUAACAGAGGAAAAACCACCUGCUACAGAGAACUGCAAGUCCCCAUUGCAGAGCAAAAAACACAAAUCAUCAAAACAAAGACAGCCUUCAAAGUCUCCUACACAAAAAAAACAUUCAAAGUCUAGAAGUCCCUCAAGGAAUAAGAGAUCCAAUUCCAGGUCGCCUUCGAGCCAGAAGCGUUCAAGGUCCACCUCAACUUCACAAAAAAAGCAAUCCAAAACAAAAUCUACGACACGAAAGAAAUCUAAAUCAAAGUCACCAACAAGGAAGAGAAAAUCCAAGUCUCCAUCCCGUAGCCGCAAGAAAAAGUCAAAAUCGAAGUCUCCCUCAAGGAAAAGACGAUCAAGGUCAAAGUCUGCAGGUAGAAAGCGGAGAUUGCGUUCAAGAUCUAGGAUUAGAGCCAAGCAUUCACAGUCUAGGUCCCCUAAAAGAAAACGGUCCAGGUCUAAGUCGCCGACCAGAAAGAAACGAUCAAAGUCCCGGUCUCCAGCUCGCAGGAGAAGAUCUAAAUCCGCGGACAAAAGCAAACGCUCAAAGUCUCGUUCCCCCGCAAGGAGGAGAAGGUCACGAUCAAGGGCCCGACGUUCACGGUCAAGGAGGUCACAGUCUAGCUCUCGCCGGAGAAGAAGUGGUUUUCCGCUAGACCGACGGGACAGAUGGAAACGCACCCCAAGCCACUCCCCUGUCCUUAUCCUCCGCAAGAGGAGGUCCACUUCACGCCCACGGCGCAGCUCCAGCAAGACCCCUCCACGCCUCACUGAGCUGGACAAAGACCAACUGCUUGAAAUCGCCAAAGCAAAUGCAGCUGCUAUGUGCGCCAAGGCUGGGAUGCCUAUCCCAGAGAGCCUGAGGCCCAAAUCUGUGCUCCAGCUGCCCCUCCAGUCCUCCGUCUCCACAUCCUUAGCCUUGUCCCUGCUAGGACAACAAAUGAAUCUGCCCAUGGGCAUGGCCAACAUGCCCAACAUGGCAAUGAAUGCCGCUGUGGCCACUAUGAAUGCUGCCCUGUCCACUAUGAGUGCCCUUACGGCCAUGCCUGCUCUGCCCAGCAUCACAAACAAGCCCCCGCCCUCGGCCGCACCCAACACUGCCAACAUUGAGGAGGUCAAGAGGAAGGUGACGCAAAAGGCAAACAGCAUAAGCAUCAAAGAGCUCACAGAGAAGUGCAAAAAGAUUGCUGAGAGCAAGGAGGAGAUGGCCAUCGCCAAGCCGCACGUCUCUGAUGACGAGGAUGACGAGAAGCCAUUUGCAGGACUGGGGCUCAAGGAAAACAAGGGAAUCACCUUCAGUCUCAGUAACUCCUCUGCCAAACCGGUAGCAAAAACAGAAGCAGCAUUUGCUAAGGAGUUCCCAGUGUCCUCAGGGUCCCAGCACCGGAAGAAGGAGGGCGAGGGAGCCUAUGGGGAGUGGGUCCCUGUAGACAAGAAGAAUGAGAAAACCGCAGCAGCAACAGCUGCAGCGGCGGAAGAAGAGAGCAAGGACAGCGACAGCGUCUUUCCUGACGCACCUCUUCAGCCUGUGGACAUCACGCUGGCCGUGAGCGAGAGGGCGGCGGCUCAGAAACGGCUGGCCGAGAACCCCUUCGACGUCAACGCCAUUUGCAUGCUGAGUCGGGCACAGGAGCAGGUGGACGCGUGGGCCCAGUCCAACACCAUCCCAGGGCUGUUCACCGGCUCCACGGGCGCCCAGGUGCUGUCCUCUGAGGAGCUGUCCACCAGCGGCCCUCAGGCCUGGAUCAAGAAGGACCAGUUCUUGCGUGCCGCGCCCGUUUCCGGAGGCGUGGGCGAGUUCCUGAUGAGGAAGAUGGGCUGGCGCGCGGGAGAGGGGCUCGGGAAGUACCGAGAGGGAACCGUGGAGCCCAUCGUCAUCGACUUCAAGACCGACCGCAAAGGUCUGGUCGCAGAGGGGGAGAAGACGCAGAAGUCUGGCAGCCUGGUGGUGAUGAAGGACCUGCUUGGGAAGCAUCCCGUCUCGGCACUGAUGGAGAUGUGCAACAAGAAAAAGUGGGCUCCGCCGGAGUUUGUUAUGGUGCAUGACAGCGGACCUGACCACCGCAAGAACUUCCUGUUCAAGGUGAUGAUAAAUGGCAGCGAAUACCAGCCCCAGACUGCCAGUCCCAAUAAGAAACACGCCAAGGCCAUGGCAGCAACGGUGGCCCUGCAAGCCAUGGGGGAGGUUUCCGGGGACAACGUCUACAGCGGGCCCGUCUUCACGGCGGCCACCACCACCGGCUAGCCCCGCCCCCGUUCCUCUGCAGCUACGCAUGCACACGUGCUGCUGUUCAGCUACUGAAAAUUUCUGAACCCACACAUACAUACGCACACAAACGUGCAAAUGGAUACGGGCUAACCACACAUUCUGAAGCCAGACACACACACACACACAACGCAUUCACUGGCCACUGUUAAAUCUACAGCCCUAGAAUAACUGUUUAAGGAUCCUAUUUCAGUGCUUUGUACAAACAGAACAACACAUUGAGAAAAUCACCUUUGGACUUGAACUUUGGACGUAAACAUUUGCGUUUAAACAAAGCGUUUGCAAACAGGCGUGUGUGGCGAUCCGGCUGAGCUGCAGGCGUGCUGGGAUUUUAUCACUGGAACAGCUGAAUGAAGAGCUGAAUGAAGAGCUGGAUGAAGAGCUGAAUGAAGAGCUGGAUGAACAGCUGAAUGAAGAGCUGGAUGAACAGCUGGAUGAACAGCUGAAUGAAGAGCUGGAUGAAGCUGAUCCUGACCGAGUGCAUGCAAAGGCCUACAGAGAGGAGCAGCAGGACAAUCCCGAUUGACCAGAUACCGUUUCCUUUUAUAAGGGUGACCCCAGAGUAGCCCAACAUCCCAAUUCUCCCAUUGUUGCCUGGACUGAGUUAAGAAGACAAGAUUGUGGAGAAGAGAUAUUAGGUAGCUGUGGACUCCCAGUUGUUGGUAAAUAGUUGUUCAUGGCCUCAUCACCAGUGCUGGUCUGUUACAGAAAUUGGCAUGUGUAACUUCAGAUUUAUGCAUGAAUGUGUGUUGGUAUUGGGAUAUAUCAUAAAGACUGGCCAGAAAGGAUGCCAUAUAAAACCUUCAUAUUUCCUGUUUUAGCCUGUUAGGCACAUUGUGUCCCAUAAGUGUAAAAAUACUUAUAGUGUGCAAUAUGUUGUUAAGGAAUCGGAUGUACUACACGCAUUCUAUGGCAGGAACAUAACCCUUUGCCAGUCGGCUAUAGUGUAACAGGAGAAAAAGGGUUUUGAAGUAGUGGUUUACCACUUUGAGUGCAUUUAUCAUUGUGCGGCAAGAACAAAUCAAUGCUUCAGUGCAGUAAUUGUGGUAUUUUUUGAAAAAGGCAUUGAUAUAGGGCUGAAUUUGUUCUUUACCAGUGCUUUUUGAGUCUAGGAGCAUAUAUGGCUGUCUGUCUGUGGAAUCAUCCAUCAAUUUAAUUGGGUUACAAAAGGUGAGGGAUGAGUGUUCCACCUGAGCAUGGAGCUUUAGUUUUAUGGUAAAUGACUCAAGUGCUUCGAGAUGCCAAAUGAGUACAAUAUAAAAAUGUCAUUAUUAAAAAAAGGUGAACAUUUAAAAUAUUGGUAGAUUAGUUUUAUAUUUCUGCUUUUCAAAACUCUGCUUGAUAUUUUCAUGUGCUUUGGGCAAGAAUGUGUCUUGUUUUUUUUGGUUUUCUGUUGCCAAAUGUAAGAUGAUCAUGUCCCCACUUAUGUUCCUAAGUGACCCCCUCUGUUUUGGAGUGUAAUUGCAAUCAAGAUGUUGUGGUAAUGCUUUUAUUUUUAAUGUUGGGGGUACUUCAUUCUCACCUCCUGCUAAAAAGCUGGCCUGUCACCGUGAUAAUACCUGGUUUAUGUACAUUUGUACGAAAAAAUCCAUAUAAUCCCUAUAUUUCUUUACAUGUGCAUUUAGUACUGCCUUUUGUAUGCAGGUCAAAGGCAUACAACAGCAAGCUCAGAGCAAUUACUUUUUCGUUAUGGACAUGUAGGACAGAAAUUGAUUAAUAAGAAUGAAACGUUGAUUUUACACCGAGCAAAUGCCUGGUGUAAAAAGCGACUUUUUUUUUUACAAGAUAGUGACACACGAUUCAACAAUAUAGUUGCGACACUUGAAUAGUGUCUGUUUAGUGCUUAUUUCUAUGUGAUUUAUAGAAUUUUUUUUAAAAAGAGGUUUUAGGUGACAAGUCCAUUCCCUUAUAAGCUCAUUUUGUUUUUAUAGAGUAUAUUCAUAUUAACACUGCAUUUUAACCCAUUUUUAAGCUUAGAUAGAGUCAAAUAGAGGCUAUCUAUACUGCCGUGCUAACUGUCAAACAGUAACUGUGUAACUAACAUCUACUGGCUGUUUAUCCAUGCUGCCCUCUUAUCAGGCUCUCUGCAGAUGUAAUGCAGUGAAAUUCCUAUUCAGGCACAGCUGUGGUUAAAAAUAACGUUUUCAUUAGAACGGCUGAUUAACGCACUGCUAAAUGCCUGCAAAGUUCAGCAGGUAAACCACAGCGCAAGUGCUUGUGAGGAAGACCUUUUCAUGUUUCCUCAAAGCACAACAUUGAGGCUUUUACCAUGGCAACAUACGAAGGCGAGUAAUGUCAGAAGCAACUAUAACUGUACACAUCAGAACAGAACAAAUUUUUUAAAUUGGUGCACUGUGACAUAUUUAAUGAUGACGGAAAGCUUCGCGUUUUUAUUUGUCAUACGGAUUUAUUAAUACCCAGGAUUUAAGGCAGCAGUUGUAUUAAUCACGCAUACAUGUUGGGAUCAUGCUCACUAUUCAUAAAUUCAAAUAAACAAUAAGGCAAGCUAUAUAGAAAUCCUACCUCCCUUGUCAAACAUUCAACCAGCGUGACAAAUUAGGAUUUUUUAUAAAUGGUUUAAUAUUUUGUUGUGCAAAGCAAUCAUGUAGGUCUGCUGAUCCAAACCCUCUCCCUCUUCUUUCCAGGUACCCUGUCUGCUCUUAUUGACUCAUUACUCUUUCAGUCCCUGAAAUUAAGUCACACUGGACUUCUGUUAUUUUUAAGUUGGAGACACUUCCUUAAAUAAAGCUGUUUAUCUGUUAA